AUGGCUGAAUUAUUCAAUAAAACUUAUUAUUUACUUGUAUUGAGAGAAAAAUUUAUUGAAUCAGAAUAUAUUCAAACUGAAUUAAUAUCAAACCAACGAUGUGCCUCUAUACAUGACCUAUUGAACAAGACUUUUCUUUCUUAUUCUCGUCUUCAUCGUAUCAAAUAUUAUCCUCUUGUAUGUCGACAAUAUCAACAAUUGAGAUGUUUCUAUGAUGAAUACUAUAUGUGUAUAUGUGAUUUGGAUCGAUUCUCUAACUGUUUCAUAUUUGAACACAAUCAAUCUUAUGAUUGUCAGGGUUACAGUGAUUGUAAAAAUGGUGGUCAAUGUUUUCAAGACAGUGUUACUUGUUCUAGUGUAUCAGUAUGUGUUUGUCCAGAUUGUUAUUAUGGAACAAAAUGUCAAUUUUCAACAAGAAGUUUUAUUUUAUCACUUGAUUAUAUUCUUGGUUAUCAUAUUAAACCAAAUAUUUCAUUUUUACGACAGCCAUUAAUUGUUAAAAUGAGUGUAGCAUUUACUACAAUUAUAUUUACUUUUGGAUUAAUCAAUGGAAUUUUAUCUAUUUUAACAUUUCGUUUGAAGAAAACAAGAGAUACAGGUUGUGGAUUUUAUUUAUUAGUUUCUUCAUGGAUUUCUAUAUCUGUCGUAAUUGUAUUGAUUAUCAAAUUUUGGCAAUUAGUUUUAUCUCAAAUGGCUAUUCUUACGAAUCGAUUAUUUCUUACUUCAAAUUGUAUAUUAUUAGAUAUGAUUCUUCAAGUUCUUUUGGCUUCAAAUGAUUGGCUUUAUGGAUGUGUCUCUAUUGAACGAAUAUUUACUGUUAUCAAAAGUGUUAAUUUUAACAAAUUUAAAAGUAAACAAAUAGCUAAAUGGAUAAUUUCAAGUAUUAUUCUUUUCAUACUUAUAACUCAUAUUCAUAUUCCUUUACAUCGUCAUUUGAUUGAUGACAUUGAUAAUGAUGAACAACGAAUUUGGUGUCUAGUUCAAUACUCUUCUUCAAUCAAUAUCUUUAACACAUUUAUUACUCUCGUUCAUUUUCUUAUUCCAUUUAUAAUUAAUUUAACAUCUAUUAUAUUCAUUAUCAUUUUAAUAGCUCGUUCUCGUUUAGUUCUACAACCAAAAAUAUCAUUCAAAAAACAUUUAAUAUUACAAUUAAAACAAAAUAAACAUCAUCUUAUUGCAUCAUGUGUUUUGGUAUUUUUAGCAGUACCACGCUUAAUCAUAUCAUUUAUUACAGGAUGUAUGAAAUCACCAAGUAAUUCAUGGUUAUUUCUUUUUGGUUAUUUAAUUUCAUUUUUACCCUCGAUGAUGACAUUUAUUGCAUAUGUUUUACCCUCAAAAUUAUAUACAGAUGCAUUUAAAAUUGUCAUUAAACAAAUCAUUCAACGAUUCAUUAUACAUAUUAAUUAA